GUCGGGCCGGAGCGCGGAGUCCCCUGGGACAGGACCGGCAACAUGGCGACCCCGGCUUGUCUCCGGCCAGGGGUGGACAUUAGGGGAUCUCAAACUCCAUUGAAUCCAAUGCAGCAGCACCACUUUGAGUUUUAGUGAAAUAAGACUUUGCAAGAUGUCUGUGGGCAAUCCAGUGCUCAACUGGGAUGUUUCACCAAAAAACGGUCUGGAUGUAUUUUUCUCGCAAGAAAAAUAUGAAGAGUAUUCUUUGACUCCUACUCUAAAGGAACUGCUUGUUUUGUCCAAAAGACCUAUAGGAGAAAAUUUGGAUGCAUCAGCAAAGCCUGUGGAAAAUGAGCCAGCAGUUAAUUCAGCAGCUCAAGCAAAUGGCGAUGUUAAAACCACAAUAGAAAUUGUUCCUUUCCCAGAGCCAAGAAUUCCUUAUCCUUAUUUCUCUCGUUUCUCAGAAAGAGAACAGAAGUGUUAUGUGGAUUUACAAAACAAAUACUCAAAAAAGCCUGUAAAUUUCAAGACUUCAGGGUUAAAUAAGAAGGAAUAUUUCCAGUACUUGGAUAUGAAAAAAUGUGUAAAUGAUGAAGUUGCUGAAUUUUUAAAGUUUCUUCAGAAUGCUGCAAAGAGUUGCAGUCAGGAUUAUGAUAUACUUUCAGAUGAAGCACUUCUAUUCACAAAGCAAUUUUUAAGUGCUUCAGUUGAACAAGUAAAAAAGUAUCCUGAAAUCUACUCACUCCAUGAAAUCACUAGCUUAAUGGGAUUCCUCCCAACUAGAACUGAGAUGGGAUUAAAAUUAGAAAAAACUGCCCUUGCAUUGGGUAAUGUAAAGUUUGCAAAAUUAUCAUUUCCCUUGAUGCCUGCUGAGUUGCACCUCUCCUUAGAUUAUAAAUCUACAUCAACUACUGAAACACCAGAGCAGAAAGCUGCUGCAAUGCAUUAUGAUAUUAGUACAGAUCCAAAUGCAGAAAAACUUGUCUUGAGGUAUCAUCCUCAGAUAGCUCUCACCAGUCGAUCAUUAUUUACCUUGUUGAAUAAUCAUGCACCUAAUUACAAGGAACAAUGGGAAAUUCCAGUGUGUGUGAAGAUCAUUGCUGCUACAGAAGGUUCCAAGCCAGAGAAAGUAAUUUAUAUUGACUCACCUCUUCCCAAGAAAGAAAUGACAGUGAGAGAGAGAAAUCAAAUUUUUCAUGAAGUACCAUUGGAUCUUUUGACAACAAAAAAUUCAGCUAUUCCUGUCUCUGCUGUAUUUAUGGACAAACCUGAGGAGAAUAUAUUUCAGUGGGAUGUGCCUUCUGAUAUUAAACAGUCCCGAAGAAUUGAGACUUUUGAUGAUUUAGAUCUGAGUUUUGAUGAGGAUGUUACAGAAUUAGAAACUUUUGGAGUAACAUCUAAUAAACCAUUAAAAACUUUGAAAACAUCAAGCCUUCCCACAUCAUCUACCGUAGCAAGCCUUCCCACAGCAUCAAGCACAACAACCAUUUCCUCUAAUCCUAUAAGUUUAUCAAAGAUUCUGAUGGAGCAGCUGAAAAAGGAGAAACAACUGAUGACCAGUGUAAACAGUGGGCUAGAAGAACAGAAAAUUAAAGAUAAUCAGGAAUUUUCAUUAUGUGACAGUGUUCUAGAUCCUAAAAACGCACAGCUUUAUUCAUGUGGUGGUGAAUUAAAGCAGUCUGAAUGUGAUUCCUCCUUAUUCAAAGACUUUGAAAAAGAAAAAAUUGAGUUAAGUGAAGAAAAUGAUACAACUACUGAUGAAGAAUAUGGUGCUGAUAAACUAAAGGUCCUGGAGAAAACAAAUACUUUCAAAGAAAGAACUGAUAUGUCGGAAGCAAGUAAGACUCAGAAUGUUUCUUGUAAUAGUGAUACAGAUGAAGAACGUUUAAUUAUUGACAUAGAAUGUAAAAAUCAUGAUAAUAGCAAGCAGGAGAUUCCUGUCCUUAAUGCAAGUCCUGUACUAGAUACUUUAAGGUCUCCUGUACCUAUUCAGACUUCUUCAGAAAACUUAGCUGAUGCUACUUGUAGUCCCCAGCAGAAAAAAUGUGCUACAAAAAAGUCUGGCAAAAGAUUAUAUAAGAAAUUCGAUCCAGUUGGACAGAUUUUAAAAAUGCAAAAUGAACUCUUAAAACCAACUUCAAAAAAAGUGCCUGAGCAGGCCUUUGUGAAUUUGGAAAAUUCUAAACAACACUCCAUAGCCCUUGCUCCAGAGCAACCAGCCACUGCUAUUGAAACCCCUGCGUCGAAAUGGUCUUCAGUAUUUCAGAAGCCAAAAGGACGAUUGCUACCACACAACCUUCAGAUGUUUGUUGAAAACAAAUCAGAAUACUUAGCACCUCAAGAAGGAAAUCUUGUUUAUAAGUUAUUCAACUUCCAAGAUCUCCUAUUACUUGUACGUUGUGGUGUCCAGAAAGUAGAGACAAGACCACGUUCCAAAAAACGGAAAAAUGUUAGAAGGCAAUCUCCAGUUUACAUAUUGCCAAAAUUGGAGUAUCAAGCCUGCUACGGUGUUGAAGCCCUUACUGAAAGUGAACUUUGUCGCUUGUGGACUGAGAGUUUAUUGCAUUCUAACUGCUUGUUUUAUGUUGGACAUGUUGAUGCAUUUACAUCAAAGCUUUUUAUGCUUGAAGAAAUUCCCAUGAAUGGACUCAAAGAGAAGUUUGCAACACUCAACACUCCAAAUGCAUUUAAUGUUCUCCAGCAUAUUCUGAAGAAAAUAAGUAGUUUGCAGGAGGGCUCGUACUUGCUGAGUCAUGCAGCUGAAGAUUCUUCGCUUUUGAUCUACAAAAACUCUGAUGAAAAAUUUUCUAGAACAGCCUAUAAUUUGCAUAAAGCUCAUUGCAGCUUACCCACUGUACCAUCUAGUCUUUCUGUUCCUUGGGUUCCAUUAGAUCCCAGUGUCUUGUUACCUUAUCAUAUCCAUCAUGGAAGAAUACCUUGUACUUUCCCACCUAAAUCUCAAGGCCCUACAAAACUGCAAAAGGCUGGUGGAACAAGAGUGCCUGUUCCUGGCCAGAGGAAUCCAAUAACUGCGGAAGCAAAGAGCAGUAACCUGCCUGCGCAGCAAGUUGAAAAAGAAGGCGUGGUUCCAAAGAAGAGAAAGCAAAAUAACCAUAAGAAGUCAAUAUAGUGGAAAAUGGCAAUUCAGUGAGGACAGUCGUAGCAAAUAAAGACGCUUCAGGGAAAAAUAUAUCUAAGAGAUAUUUAUUCCGGCAGUUGGAAGGACUACCAGAGAUUUUCUGGAAAACAAUCAUCUCUUCACAAUUGCUCAAUGUGCCUCAGUACUCAGCAGGAAUACAUGCCAAAAGGCAGCUAAUUUUUUUAAGUCACUAAAUUUAUUAAACCAUAAAGCAAGAGAAGACCUUUUCAUUCUAUAGAUAUUAUUCAAAGUGCUUUGACAAAAAUAACUUUGGCCAAUACAUGUUGUAAAAUAAGAUGGAAUUUUGUUCUCAUAACCUUUGCAGUUAGGAAAGGUUUUCAUCUUUGCCAUUUUAAGAUAAUGAAAUAAAUGAGAAAAGUAAUCAGGUUUUAUCUGGAGAUCUUCCUGAAAGAGUUUAAGUAGGAAAAUAUUUGCUUUACUCAGUAUUUAACAUCACUUGGAAUAGUAGCAUGAUAUAACAGAAGACCUGGAUUUCCAGUCAGAGGAUCUGGGUUUGUUACUUCCUCCUUAUUUUGUGACCAUUAGCAAAUCACUUAGCUGUUCUCUUUUGUAAAAUAGUAAGUUUGUAUUUAUCUCUUAAGGCCUUUUUAAGCUUUAAAUCCUAUAAAUUUAGGAAUAUCAUAAAGUAUUUUGUUGUACACCUCUAAAUUUUUCAAGUUAACCCUGGUAGGAUAAUGUCCUUCUAAAAAAUAUCUUUUACUAUAUUAGUGCCUGACCUGGGAUAUUGAACUAGAUGGACCAUGUUGUUAGGUCAUUUUGUUGUUAUUGUUGGGUAUUUAUUUUUUGCAAACUAUGCUUUUCUCAUAAAUCAAAAUGUGAUCACCAAUGUCAACACUUGGUAAAGUUUCACUGCUAAAAUCAAGGAACACAGAACACCCUUCUUCACAAGUUACAUUUUCUGACUGUAAAACCCCAAGUUUGUAAAAAAGAAUGGAACAUUUUCUGGUUCGACAGGUUUGGUGGCUUUAAAAAUUCAGUCAUGUUUUGGUCUUGAUCCCCUUGUGAUUUCAGAGAGAUGUUCUGUUCAUGUGUUAUUUGUAAAGUUCAAAAACUAUUGAGGGCUUUUUUGUUGAUUGCAGUCAUUUGUUGUGACAUUGAUUAUCUGUGACCACUUUUUAAAUUUGAAAGAGGGCAACAAAUGGGACCAAACUGGACUCCAUAUAGAGCAUGUUUACAUGUUUUAAUUUCUGUUACCUAAGGUAUAUUAAACUCAUAUUUUGGAGCACUUUUUUGUCAUUUGUAAGAUAAAAGUUUUGUAUUCUAGUAUGUUCACAUUAUAUGUUUUGUUACACAUUAAAAAAUUCAACUAA